AUGGCACCACCAGAAGACGGCACCCCGCUCUCCCUCAAGCCCUUCCCCGUCUCCGACAAGAAGCCCAAGAAUGUCGCCGAGUUCAUUGCCCGCGUCAACGCCCAGCCGGGUGGCUUCCGUGCGCUGUCGGCCGCGAAGCUGAGAGAGGAGGCUGCCAGACAGGCUCGGGGAGGCGCGGCUGAAGUUGCCGAAGAUGUCGACAUGGCGUCCGACGACGACGACGGCGACGACGACGACGACGACGACGACGACGAUGAGAGCCACGACGCCAACGACACCGCCGACCCCCUCCAGGCGCGAUUCGAGGUCCUCAAGAAUGUAGAAAUAGCUGCCCAGACGGCCAUGCUCACCCUCGAUUCCGUCUCGCUCCUCCUUUCCAAGCAGAACCCGACUCAGGCCAGCCUGACCCUGUCCAAGCAGCUCCGCGACGUCGUCGGUAUCGGCUCUCUCGGCUCAGAUCGCCUGGCCGAGCCCGCCACCGACCAGGCCAAGGACAAGGACCAGGAGACUGUCGCGCUGGGGUGGACGCUCAUGGAGAUCAACAAGACGAGGGAUUCGGCCAAGGCAGCCUGUGCCUUCCUGACUGACGAGAUGGAGUCGGAGACCAAGUACUGGGAGGACAUCAUCGGUGUCCAGGCCAAUGGGUGGUCCGUCUGCAAGAUGCCCCAGGAUAGACAUACCCUCGGAGUCAGGGUCGGUUUCUCCGAAGCUAUCCCCGAAUUCAGAGCCAUGGGACUUGUACCGAUAAGGAGGCACGAGGAUGGCUCGGCCAACCUGGACGGCAACCUCCUCCGCCUCCUGUCGCAGAGGCUCAUCAUCACCUGCGAGCGAGACGGCCAGGUGCUCGGCCGCUGCGCCCUCGACCUAUCCAACGACGAGGAUGCAGCGCUGGAGACCCGCGUCCUGGAGGCACGCAACAAGCUCUUUGACGAGGAGCUCUGGCACGAGCUCGGCCGCGAAGCACGUUCCUUGGCCGCCUACGACGUCAACCUCCUCGGGUCGACCCUCACAUACGACGUGGACGGCGGCAUCAAGGUCACGAUGCAGUUCCUCUCACCAGACUCGCCGCUAGCACCAGACGUGUCAUCUCUGCCAGUAGACGACACGGCCGAAGCCAUAUCGCUGACGCUGCAUAUACUACUAAGCUACGCCCACCGGUUCAACGAGCUGAUGCGCAAGCGGCCGCUGCCGCCUCACUAUCCGCGCAACCGCGGCCAAGUUGCGACUCUGCUGCGUCCCAUAAUCGCAAGGUCCAUGUGUCUGCGUAGUAUCGAGUCGUGCACCCGUUUCGUCGGCGGGCUCGUCCGGACCCUGCGCAAGGCCGGCCUCGACUCCUCCUUCAUCCUCAACACCAGCCACCAGCCCCCCCCCUCCGAGGCCUCGUCGUCGGCGCGCAACGGCGGCGGCCCCCACCAGCUCCCCGCCUCGCAGCUCUUCGUCCGCAACAUGCUGCAGCCGGCCGACUUCUACGUCGUCGUCAACCUCGUCCCCGACGUGACCUUCACCAUCCGCGGUCGCACCCUCCUCCACCCCAUCACCGCGACAUACUACUACAUCCUCCCUUCCCCCUCGCUCGACCAGGUGUGCCCCCCCCACCGAGACGCGUACACGACUAUGCGCGCCCUGUCUGAGUACCUCUGCACCGCCACGGGCAGGCUCCUGACGGAAUUCUUCCUCGCCCGCCUCCCGGCGGAGGAUGAUGCGUGGACCCGCAACAUGCAGGGCACGGCCAUCCGUCGCACGGAUAACAGCUCCUUCCAGUGCCUGUUCCACGUGGGGACCGAAGAGUCCGAGCGAGACGACAUCACGUCUGAUACUGACGACGACGCGGCCCUCCCGCUGCCCGUCCUCUCGGUCCACGCCAACACAUCCGUCGACGGCAAGAACUUUGCACGGACGUUGACGUGGGCCGGCCACAAGGAUGACGACGAUAACGCACCGUCUACGUCGCUGGAGCAGGCUGUCAAGGGGAUGACAGAGUCGUUGUCAAGGGUAUAA